AUGCCUGCCGAUUACCAGUCCACCGCCCGAGCGCUGUCACUUCCCAUCUCAGAGUCUGAAGAAUCCGACACGCCUCUGUUCGCCGGUAUUCUUCCACCAUGGAGCCAAUCCUCUAUUAUGAGACGCGGCUCUCUGCCUCUUUCCACGAGAGAAGCCGCCACUUUCCGAGACCGAAUGAUCAAUAAAGCCGAAGCCACGUAUCGCACAUUCAGAGAUCGGUGGAGUAAGAUGACUCUCAAGCAGAAGCUUGUGUCGUCACUUAUCGGCUUUCUAAGCAUGCUUGCUGGCUUAGCUUUUUUGUUUUUUGCAGGUCGGAUCUUUAUUUGGUUAGGGCCUGUCGCAGACCGAUGGGAACAUGCGCCCUGGGCUUACAUCGUGGUAUGGCUAUCCGUCAUUCUCGUCUCUUUUCCCCCAAUGGUAGGGUGGUCAACAAUAGGGACUGUUUCUGGGUUUCUUUUUGGUUUUUGGAAGGGGUGGAUUCUUUUCACCACGGCUACUAUAGUAGGAUCGACCCUUUCUUUGAUAGUAUCACGCACGAUCCUCUCAAGCUUUGUUCAUCGCUUGCUCGAGAAUGAUAAACGAUUUGCCGCGCUUGCCUUGACUCUUAAGUACGAUGGGCUCAAACUUCUCUGCAUGAUUCGACUGUGCCCGCUGCCGUAUUCGAUAUGUAACGGCGCCAUGUCUACAUUUCCGACUGUCAAACCUCUCAGUUACGCCAUUGCUACCGCGGCUAUUGCGCCAAAGCUGAUGGUGACUGCUUUCAUUGGCAGUCGCAUUCGUAUUCUAUCCGAAAACAACGAACAAAUGAGUGCGGGUUCCAAGGCGAUCAAUAUCAUUAGCAUUAUCGUUACCGUUUCAAUUGGCAUUGGCACUGGUAUAUAUAUUUACAGAAGAACGCUAGCCCGCGCCAAAGAAUUGGAGGAGCAGGAGCGCGCUGCUAUUCGACGCUCAAUAGAUGCCGACCACGCUGCAGGGCGUCCUCAUCGAUUUUCUGACGACCGGGAUGUCAAUACAGCAGCCACCACUUUAGCCCGCGAUGAAGAAGAGCAACUCGGAUUCCAUGAUAUCGAUGAAGAUAACGUCGAUAUUGUUGUGGAAGGAGAUAAUUUGGAUGUCCAUGGAACUAGAUCAUACCGAGACGAUUUCACUGAUAACGACUCUGAUGUCUUCCAAGACGAUGACGGAGAGGACUCGGAAGCAUUUGGCCUUCAUACCCAUGUACAGCGCUAG